GGCUGAGGCGGGGCCAGCCUGGUGGCCGCCGAGGGGCCGGCGGCUGCCAGAGACGCCGUGCUGGGCGGCGGGCGCGGGCCAAGCGGGGCCAUGGAGCCCGGGGCGGCGGCGGCGGUUGGGCCCGGGGAGCUGCUACAGGCCCUGCUCGAGGGCGCCGGGGGCCGCGGCCGGGUGCUGCUGGUGGCCGAGCUGUGGGAGCGGGAGCAGAGCCGCAACCUGAUGAGAGGCUUCGCUCGCCACGUCUUCCCCCAGCCGGAGGAGGAGGAGGAGGACGAAGCGGAGAAGGAGGAGGAGGAAGCGGAGGAGGAGGUUGGCAGCAAGCCCGGAGGUCCACAGGAGUUGGCGGCUGAAACGGCCAGUGGUAAUCCUGGAGGUCCGCAGGAGGUGGUGGCUGAAGAGGCCAACGGUAAUCCUGGAGGCCCGCAGGAGGUGGCGGUUGAAGAGGCCAGCGGGAAUCCCCGAGGUUCGCAGGAGGUAGAAGCUGAAGAAGUCAGCGUCAAGCCUGGAGAUCCGCAGAAGGUGGAGGAGACGCGGGCUUCCGGCCGCGGGCCCCCGGAGCGGGCGAUCCGCUCCCCACUCGUGUUCGUGCUGUGCCGAGAAGCUUCCCUGCGGGCUUCGGAGCCGCGCCUGCGCCUGCGGGAGAUCCUGCGGGACGUGCGCGCUCGGCGGCGGCAGAGGCCUCGGUGGCGGCCCAGGUGGCGGCCCCAGCCUUGGGGGCCCGCUGGGGACUGCGGCGGAGGCAGCGGUGCAGCGCUGGUCGGGGUCUUGGUGGAGGAACCUGGCGGGGGCCGCGGCGAGAUCCAAAGCACGGAGGAGGGAAGCGAGGCUGAGGCCAUGCACCUGCUGGAGGCGCUACUGCGCUCCGUGUUCGGCCGUGAUGCGGGCGGCCCGGUGCAGGCGGCCUCCUACUGCCCCGCGCGUCCGGCCAGCGCCGCGGACGUGCAGAGCGCAGCCUGCAGGGCUCUGCGGGCCGCCGCGGGUCAGCGGCCUCCAGCAGAGAGGAUGAGGGAGAGAAUGGGAUUCCAAAGGCUCCUAAGAUGCCUUCCUUGGUCUUCUUGGAGCAGGAGGAAGGAUCAGGCCAAUAGCACCACCAGCAGCCCAGCUGAAGAUGGUUUCCAGGACCCCUCAGAGGAGCUGGCACUGACAGUUCUGUCUCCCAAUGGACACUGUGAGGACAUCGAGGGACGGACAGGGGCCUAGAUGCCCCAGACCACCACCCAGAUCCUGGAGGGAGAUCCAGUGGUCUGGAGUCAGGUGGUGAGCACCAAUGGGAUUUAAGAUCUUUGGCUUUUGUUCCUGCCCCCACCCAGAGCUGGGCCCUUCUCUGGGCUCUGCUCCAGUCUGUCCUCAUCCCAAGUGGAAGGUGCUUCACUGACCUGAAGAGCAGAUGCUAAAAGUGGUCUCUCUUUCUGGGAUCUGCUCCUCACACAGCUGUCACUUCAUUUCUCUAUGACUCAGUUUACCAAUCUGUAAAUUGAGGCAAAUAGAGCCACCUACAUUGAGUGGUGUUAUGUGAAGUCUUUGCCUUGGGAAGCUUGACAUAGGACUUCAUAGAUCCACAAUAUCCUAUCAAUCCUCCAUGUCAGUUAAUAUGCAUGAAGGACACACAUGUGCACACAACUAUACACAUCCCUCAUUUCCACUGUCAUGUAGUGGACUUUAGGAUAACGUGCUAGGAUUUGAUAUUAACUCACUAACUGAGGAAUGGACUAGAUGGCUGUAACAGGUCUUUUCCAGCUCUAACAUUCCUAGAUUGCAUCCUCAAGGACCAGCAUAAAUAAAUAAAUACGCUGUAAAAACAACAGCAACAGCACUGAAAAGUCAAGCCAAGUCUAUGUAGAAUUUACCUGGUGAAUGCUCCAUUGAGGCCCCUGCUUUUAUACCACAGUCUUUGGUGUUUUUGAACCCCCUACCUUGCUGGGAACCAAGAAAAACCACAUGAGGGGACUCGGUCAGCACCAGGAGCUGUCCUGAUGGCGGACACCAGUUCCAAGCUCCCUGAGAGCAGGGAGGGGAGUUUCCUCAUCUUGGCUUGGGCCUAAGUUGGCCCAUUCCCAUUCUUCAGGCUCUGAUGGCCUUCUAGUAUCACCCAGCAUUGCCGUUAUUGUGUCCCCCCACCCCCUUCAUAUCACUCAUUUUUACUCCAGCGCACAUUUCAAAAAGGUUCUUUAGGGAGUCUGGCCAAGCCUGAGCUGCACAUUCUAGCAGGCUUCUGAGCUCUCCUUUGCCACAGAUGUUUGUCCCUCAUCUUUCCUUCAGUUUUCUUCUCUGUAAAAUGAUAUAUUGUACCACGUCUGGAGCCCCCCCUCCCCCAGCUGGAAAAUUCAGUGGUUGCUUCCUAAACAAAGAUCUUUUGUUUUUAUAUCACACUGAUUUCAGAACACAUCCCACAUCCUUCCCCUUCUUAGAAGCCACCCUUCCUUGGUCAUGAAGCUGCAGCUCUCUUUUCCUGAGCUAAGGCAGGGGACAUCUUCCCAAAGAGUUCCAGGAUUGCCCAGAGGUUGGGGUAUUUCUUCUUGACAGAUGCCCCAACUUCCCCCCAACUAGGUUUCCCUCUGUUGUUUUUUUAAUCCUACCCUUUGUCUUAGAAUCAAUAUUAAAUGUUGGUUCCAAGGCAGAAAAGCAGUAAGGGCUAGGCAAUUAGAGUUUUGUGACAUGUCCAGGGUCACACAGCUAGGAAAUGUCUGAGGUCAGAUUUGAACCCAGGACCUCCCAUAUCCAAGCCUGGCUCUCAAUCCACUGAGCUCCCUAGAUAUCCCAGUUUCCUUCCAUUAUUAGGGAACUAAGAUUAAUUCCUUUGUUCCAUGCAGCUAUUAAUGUCUCCUGGCUUUUGCAAAGGGAUACUUACUUCAAAGAUAUAGCAAAAACAAUAUUUUCCCCAGCACCCUAUUAGCUCAGUUUCUACAUACCACUUAUCCCACCAUGUUCCCAUCCAGUGGCAUUGUCUCUGCUGCAUGAAUCCUCAGAUCCCAACAGUCACUUCAGAAGAGAGUCGAUUUCUCCAUGUUCCUCCAUAGCAUGAAUCCUACUUUGGCUGAAUUCCAACUCCCAGCUUUCUGUGCCUCAGUCUUCAACCUUCUGAAACUCCCAUGGUUCGAGGUUGCCAUCUGCCUCCAGCUAUGGGCAGGCAAAGGCUUGUUUCUAGGGGCUAACCAAGGUUACUCCCCUUGGGGGAUGAUCCCUGGAAGCAAAGGGAUCUCUGAAUAAAGCAAAGAAUGGCAAAGGGGGCCAGCUGAGAGCCUUCCACUGGAAACAGUUGUAGAAUGUCAACUGGUGCUCUACCCUUUUCCAAGAGACUUCCCAUUCCCAUCACUACAAUUCUCCAGGAAGUCUUCCAGGGAGAGGUUUUAUCAGGCCCCAUUAGAACAUAAUAGAACAGAAAGAGAUAAAGCCAUUUCCUCAAACACCCUCACAGUAUAUGCAAAGUUCUGCCCCCAUAGAUCCCCACUUUGCCAAGAAGGAAAGGAGGUCCAUCUCCUCAUCUCUUCUCCAGGGCCAGUCUUGGUCAUGAUAAUGACUGUGAUGGCUUCUUAAAGGACCCACUCUGCCUAGGAUUCUCCAUAGAAAAGAGGCUCAAGGCUGGCCUGCUCUGUGUCCUGGCUCCCAAUUUCUUCCCUUGGAGCAGUUCUGAAUGAAAUAAUGUCUGGGCUUGGGAGUCAAGAUGGGGCUUGUGCGAACACCCAGGAAGGGAAUGACCCUGAAGGGAGAUUUCCUUUCUGUGGCUCAUCAUCUGGAGAUGUUGGGUCUGGGAGCUGAGGUCCUCAUCAAGCAGAUUGAAUGAAAGGGGGAUUAGUGAUAUCAGAAUAGGAAUCACUGCAGAACUUAGCUUCCAGAAGAGGUUGGAGCUACCACCUGGGACCAGCCAUUGUUCUGAGUGACAGAAUCAUCCCCUUAGGGUCCAGGAAUCGGGCCAGCCUUUUUAAAAGAGCUAAGUGUACCAUUUAUUCAUUUUCAAGAGGUAAAUUAGGAGCUCUCUGCCACCCCCACCCCCAUUCUAUAUGGAAGAGUGCUGGGUGGGAAUCCAAGCUUAGUUCCUGAUUUCCUUUCUAAGGAGGAUGGAAAGAUGGACAACUUCUGCCAAGAUGCGUCAAUGCUCCGUGUCUCUCAUUUAGCAAAUGAAAUGAUGCCAAUCUCCCCCUCUUAAGGCUGUCUCAAGGGGAUGCGAGUGUGCCUGGACUGGCUGGCUCAGAGACCAGGAUAGCUCUCCAUCCACAAGGAUGAUUUGAGGGGAACUAAUUCUGCCAUUUGUGUAUGGGGAUGGCCAAUUUGUGGUGUUUCUAAGAUUACUGAGGAGGUGGAAGUGGGAAGAUAUUUCCUCCCUUUUCUCUUGAGUUGGGAGACUUUUCUGCAAGAUGGCGCCAAUCCCUUUUUUGCUUAAAACUGUCUUUGGAGAUAUAUGCCAUCCCCUCUCCUCCAGUGAACCUUCCCUCGUACCAGAGGUGAGCGGAGAAGUUAAGCAAAACUAAUCAAUCUAUCAGUCAAAUCUGAUGAUGUAUGCAAUGUUUCAUAUCCAUAGUCCCCCACUUCUCCACCUCUCCAAUUUGUUUCCUUCAGUUUUUACUGUGAAAAACAAACAUAUUUAAUUUAUACCUUUGGUGACUGCCCUCUGGGCACAAGCCUCAUGGGUGUCAAGCUGGGCUGAGGAUGGAGAGUCAAAUCUCCCAGAAUCCUACCUCUUCAAUGUUGAGCAAUAAGCAUUAGACCAGUGAGGCCAAGCAGAGGUUCUCUGUUUUGCCCUUCCUGACUUUGGGCUCAUCUUUUAACUUUUGGAAGCCUCUAUUUCCUCAUGUGUAAAAUGCUGGUGGAGGAAAGUGACAACACUUUCAUCAGCACCUACUUCCUAGGGCUGCUGUGAGGGCUUGACUUGGGGGACUAAGGCAUGUCAGAGAGACAAAGGAUUACUCUUCUGACUGCCAACAUCCCAGCUUGAGAAGGCCAACAGCUCACACCAACCUCAUUGCCCUUGAGCCUUUUCUUAAAACAAUAAACUCACCAAUAUUGGCGAGCCCAUUUUUCCUGAAGAGAAGCCUCAAAGGAGCUUCUGUUGUGGGAUUGACCAUCUCUGUGAUCUUUAAAAAUGGGAGGAAUUCCUGAAUCAUCCGAGUGGUCCUCAAGCUUGAAUUUGGGAGGGCCUUCUAGAGGUCCUGGAGCCAUUAAUCUUGUUUAGUUCAUGUUCUUAAUAUAACAAUGGUUAACUUUUUUUCUUACAUGAAGUAACAAUUUACUUAUUUAAUAAAAACCAGAUAAUACCUUA